CAGGCUCCACACACAGCAUCAAAACAAACCACACACAACCGCGUUAUGUUACUGUAUGUCCCGUCUCACAACUUCAAAGGGAUUAAAUCUUAAACAAAAAAGGAAAGAAAGAAAACCUUGCUGCUGUCGUUGAGAGUUAACACUGGGAUAUUUGUGUCCAGUCAUGUAGGCUAAGUUUGGUUUCUUUCAGAAGGUUGAAGAGACUAAAAUGUGCGCGUGUGGUGGUGUGGUUUCGCCAGGCUUUUUUUAUGAAGUUAACUUAACAUUUUAAAAAUUUUGGCAACAAAGCACAAUGCAGAAUCUGACAGAGUGCAGACUAAAGAGCUUCAUUUCGCGCUUUGAGCUCUUGCCAUCGCAACAAACAGGCAGCGCGAGAAAACAGAGAGGACCAGAGGACGACACGGAAAAGAUGGACGAGAUUGCUCAGCAUAUGGACAUCACUCACAAGCGAGCCUGCAUUGACCUCGAGAAGGCCACUCAACUCAUCACACAAGUUUUGCAGCAUGAAGUAGAGAGGAAUCGGGAGCUCUACAUGUUGAUUCGUCGUUUGGAGGACAGGGAGGUGGAAACUAGGCAGAGAUUGUCAGACCAGGCGGAGUCAAACAGCCUUCUGAAGGUGAAGAUUGACGAACUACAGAAACACCUGGAGGAAAAAGACAACUCCCUUACACAAGCCAACCAGACUGUGGCCUUCUUGAGGAAUGAACUGAGAGAUCUUCAACAACGGCUUCAAAGACAACAGAGUAAAGAUAGGACACACCAAGAAGAAGAUGACUGGCUGCAGGUUGGGGGAAGCCAGUUCAAGGUUGAUGUAUGUGCACACUCACGCACACAUACACACACACCCGCACAUCCUCUUUAA